AUGAGUGGGGGUCGUCCGAGGGCGAGAUCCGAUGCUCUGCCACAGUCACCGAACCGCAACCGAGCCGCCAGCGAUGCAGAUUAUACCUCACCUAGGAGAACUACCUCACCCAGGAGAACUACCUCACCUCGGAGAACUUCCGCUGAGGAUGGCGGCGUUCCUCGGCGAUUCAACUCGAAUACCUCGACGACACAAAGUAAUGGUAGUGCACUACCCAGUUUGAUCCCGCGCACCACGCUUGCGCAGCGCACCCAGGGCAAAUUCACCCUCGCUGGGCCGGAUGGAACCCCCCAGCUGCGUCUGGCGCAGGAACCCUUCGUCCAGCCGGGCUACGCGGAUCUCAAUCCAUCCUAUGAACAGGCCUCCAACGCCAGACCGGUCUGGUCGCUGGCCAAACCGUUGCCCCGUGUGGUGCGGCCGAGUAUGGUGCCGACCAAAGAUGAGCUCUUGCAGAACAUGGCGAAUGCCCAGCGGCCCACGGAGAACUCGGAUAGGUUGGGGCUGGACGUGGACCCGAACGAUGUCGAGCAGGGUCGCAUUGAUAAGACGUCCGAUCCGCGGAAGAUGGCUGCCCAGGUGAAGGACGCUCGGUUGCAGCGUGAGAAUACCUUUAUGAGUAAGAUUCUCAGUGGGGAUGGCGGCAGCUCCAUGAGACAGACUUCGCGCAUGUCGCGUUCGUCCUCGAUCCCGGGGAGACGUACCUCGACAUGGGAUAUGCCGCCGCCGGAUCAACAACUGCCCACUGUAGAAGAGGGUGAUCAUCCAGCCGAAGAUGAACAUGAACAAGAAGAGCGGCCGAUGUCCGCUGACGAGCAGUUCCAGAAUAAUCAAGACAUGGGUGCGCGAUUGGACGAACUCUUAUCGCUUCCCGAAAUGGAAAAGGGGAAUUACCCCGAAGACCUGCAUCCGCUUGUCCAGGAACUGGUCGAAGACGAAGUGCACAACAACCACACCACUUGGUCCGUCGUCCGUACACACCACCGCGAGGCUCUCGCCGAGGGCCUGGGUGUGUUUGUUUCGCUCACCAUGGGCUUCGCCAUCGACGUGUCCGUCACAGUCGCCGGCCAGGGUAACCCCAACACAACCGCCUGGGCCUGGGGCUUCGCAACCAUGAUCGGCAUUUACAUUUCCGGUGGUGUCUCCGGUGCCCAUCUCAACCCAGUCGUGACCAUGGUAUUGUGGUUCUUCCGUGGUUUCCCCGCCCGCAAAAUGCCCGAGUACUUAGCCGCGCAAUUCAUAGCCGCCUUUUGCGCGGGUCUCGUCGCGUACGGAAUCUACUACGAAUCCAUCCAGAACUACCUCCUCACCAACGCCGACACCGGAAUCAUCAACAGCUUUGUGACGAAUCCGCGAGAGUCGUGGGUGAGUCAUACCACAGCGUUCUUCACCGAGUUCGUCGGGACCAGCUUUCUAAUCGUCACCAUUCUGGCGCUGGGUGAUGACCAGAACGCUCCCCCCGGUGCCGGUAUGAACUCGCUGAUCGUCGGCUUGGUCAUUACGUCCCUCCUCAUGUGUUUCGCCUACCAGACCGGCGCGGCGUUCAACCCGAGCCGUGACUUUGGUCCGCGGCUUGCGCUGCUCGCUUUCGGCUACCCGAACUCGAUGUUCACGGACCCUUACUGGUUCUAUGGGCCGUGGGUGGGGUGUGUCGGAGGUGGGUUUUUCGGUGCGUUCCUAUACGACUUCUUCAUCUUCACCGGUGGUGAAUCUCCCGUCAACUACCCGCUUGAGCGCACCCAGCGCGCUUUGACGAAGAGUGCAAUGAGGUGGAGGCGCCGACUGCGAUUGAAACCGAAACAGUGA